AUGGGAGAUUCAAGUGGUUCUGUCUCCAUUGAUAUGGAGGCAAUGUCUCUUGGUGGACAGGAACAUCUUGUGGAGACUACCUAUGGCCCCGUAUGUGUUGCCGUUUGUGGAGAUCCAGAUAAACCUGCUCUUAUCACAUAUCCUGAUCUAGCUCUUAAUCAUAUGUUCUGUUUUCAAGGAUUAUUGUUUUGUCCAGAAGCUAGUUCCUUGCUACUCCACAAUUUUUGCAUUUAUCACAUCAGUCCUCUAGGCCAUGAGUUGGGAGCUCCAGUGAUCAGUGUUGAUGCUCCUUUGCUCUCAGCUGAUGACUUAGCAGAUCAGAUUGUCGAGGUUCUUAACUAUUUUGGACUUGGUGCAGUCAUGUGCAUGGGUGUCACAGCAGGAGCUUACAUUCUGACCUUAUUUGCUAUGAAGUACAAGCAGAGAGUUCUGGGAUUAAUACUGGUCUCUCCACUGUGCCAAGCGCCUUCUUGGUCAGAAUGGUUGUGCAAUAAGGUUAUGUCUAAUUUACUUUACUACUAUGGCAUGUGCGGAGUGGUUAAGGAAUUAUUACUAAAACGGUACUUCAGCAAGGAAGUUCGUGGUAAUGCUCAAGUUCCAGAAUCAGAUAUUGUUCAAGAAUGCAGAAGAUUACUUUGCGAGCGGCAGAGUAGUAAUGUAUGGAGAUUCCUUGAGGCAAUCAACGGGAGAGUGGAUCUUAGCGAAGGGUUAAGGAAACUGCAAUGCAGAACUUUGAUAUUCAUUGGUGAAAGUUCUGCUUACCACUCCGAGGCAGUUCACAUGACAACCAAACUAGAUAGACGAUACGGCGCAUUAGUCGAGGUACAAGGAAGUGGGUCACUGGUGACUGAAGAACAACCUGAGGCGAUGGUAAUACCAUUGGAAUACUUUUUGAUGGGAUAUGGUUUGUAUCGUCCUACACAGGACGUGAGUCCAAGAAGUCCUUUGAGUCCAACUAGAAUCUCCCCUGAGCUUCUCUCCCCUGAAAACAUGGGUUUGAAGCUCAAGCCCAUCAAGACAAGACUCUCCCUAUGAUGCUGCCUUAUUCUACACAGAUUAUUACAACAUAUACAUGAUGAUACAUACAUACGCCUCAUAAAAUCGCCACUAUUGUUUUGGAGUUUGAGCUGCUCUUGUGUUAUGCUUAAAGCUGUAGAUAUAGACAGAUAUUGAUCAUUUAUAUAUAUAUAGAGGGAGAAGGAGAGUUAAAAGAGGAAUAAGGGAAAGGAUUGAUAUAUGGUAGAGAGAAUACAUAUGUUUAUGUUUUUGAGUUCUUUAUGGUAGCUGUCUUCAGUGAGUGAGUAGCUGUUUUUGUUCUUUAUGUACAUCCGGUUGAAUUUUCGGUAACGGUGUUGCUUUUCAUGCUUCGGUUGAUUUUUGUGUUUGCUUAUUGUGCUUACAUGUUAUAAUAUAGUUUUUUUUCAUCUCUCACGAUCAACUAUGUUCUGGUCGAUAUAUACGAGUUUAGGUUUAUCACUGAUGUGCACGAAAAAGGGAAAAAUCUUUGAAGCUCGCUAUUCAGAGAGAUUAAAUUACAGUGAAGGGACAGAAAAC